UCCUUCACUUGUAACCCCUGCUUUCUCCCAGAGGUCGAAUUACGACGUCUACACCGCCGUUUUGGUCAUCCAUCCAUUGGUAAGCUCCGAAACGUACUAGAACGAGCAGGCCACGACGUCGAUAUGGAAGCCCUUGAGUACCUUACGAAGUACUGCGAGCAAUGCCAGAAAUUCGGACGAUCACCGGGACGAUUCAAGUUCAACCUGAGAGACGACGUCAGCUUCAACUACUCCAUUAUCGUCGAUAUUUUCUACAUUUCCGGUAAGCCUGUACUCCACGUUGUUGACGGAGGCACUCGAUAUCAAGCCGGCCGAUGGCUUCAAAAUAUCAGU